AUGGUUUCAGCUUUCCCAACUGUAACCAGAUCCCAAACUGUCCAGAAUCGAGACCAUUGGUCAGCAUCAGAAGAUGGGGAUUUUAUCGCACUCAAAAAUGAGCGAGAGAGAAAACAGGCAGAGAAGAGAAGGAGUGAUAUGCAAAAGAAAGUAGUUGACUUGUUUAGCAAUUUGCGAGCUGCAGCCAGGUUCAAUAGUAACCCGAAUGCAGCUUCCGAAACGGUUGACGGGCAGAAGCAAUCGAAUUUAACCUUUUUCAAUGCUAUCAGCAUCGGUUCACUGGAAAUGGUUAAAGAAAUGAUUGACACACAGAAGAUCAAGCUCCCAGAACUAAUUCUAGAUGACGAAAGUCAGCAACAGGCCUUACACUACGCGCUCGAAGAGAAACAAGAGGAAAUUGCCAAAUAUUUCAUUGACAUCUGGGACAGCCAUUUGCUUUGCAAGAAUUAUAAUGUGAAUGUGAAGAAAAUAUCUGGUAAAAAGAACGCACUUCAUCGAAUCACAGAAGAAGGGUAUGUCGAACUGGCCAAGGUGUUUUUGUCACGAUUGGAUGAGGAGAAUCGAAAGAAAACCAUACUCCAAGAAAUUCCAAUGGAUAUUUUGGGACAAAGACCGCGGACAUUAUCAUGUCUCCAUCUGGCAGCUUAUAUUGGUUCUAUUGAACUUAUAGAACUCUAUCUGAAUCAAGGCGUUGAGGUCAACAGUCAAAAUUCCAAAGGUGACACAGCUCUGCUUUGGGCUGCCAGAUGGAAUAACACCGGAGUAAUGGAGACACUUUUGAAAGCCGGUGCUAACCCAAAUAUUGGUAAUGAUAAAGGAUCCACGGCACUUCACUGGGCAGUUCGAUACCAACAUGUAGACGCCGUGAGAAUCCUUACUGCAAAUCCAUCUAUCGAGAUCAACACACAAAGAAAGCUUGGACUAAUUUCGCCCAUUAUUCUCAGCUCAGCGUUGGGCAGCGUCGAAAUUGUUACGCUUCUCAUUUACGCAGGCGCAGACGUAAACCAAAAGAUACGCGGAGAGGAAAGGCCAAUUCAUCACGCCGCCAAGGAAGGUCAUGAAGAGGUUUUGGAGUUACUCAUCCGUCGUGGAGCCGAUAUUAAUGCAGACGACGCCUUGGGAAAUACGGCUUUGUUCUUGGCAAUCAAAAACGAUCAUCCGCUUUCUGUUCACGUUUUAGUCAAAGCUGGAAGCGAUCUUUGCCACAAAAACCGAGACGGCAUGGAUGUGUGGUCAUAUGCGCUUUUUAAUGAGAGCAACAAAUGUCUGGAGACUCUUGUUUAUUGUAUAAAAAAACUAAUUAACGAGAAGAAAAGCAACCCCAUUGAAGAUAUCAAAGUUCUCCUCACGAAGCAAUCGCCAAUAUUUCAAGCAGCUGCAGUGAAUGCAACAGAAAAACUCACCGCAUUGGCAACGCAUUUUGCUGUCAAUUUCUCUUUGUAUCGGUUGGAUGAUUUGCAUCAUUUUCACCCGCGGUUUCAAAGGGGUGCACCAUUUUUGGCGCAUGCUCAGAAUUAUGAUCUUCCGAGACGGUUUAAGAUUUCUUUUUCUAUACGCAUUCGUUCUGCUUUCAUUUUCUUUCUCAAUGCACGUCUUGCUUAA